AUGGCUUCUCAGAUUCUCAGGACGGAUGCUACCCUCCCAAUCUUCUUCUUCAAAGUUAUUCUUAAAACAAAUCUCGAAAGGCUUAAAAUUCCCAACAAAUUCACCCGCAAAUAUGGAGAUGGCUUGCCAAAUCCUUUGCUUAUGAAGCUUUCAAAUGGAACCGAAUGGGAAGUGAAGUGGGCAAAACACAACCGUGAGGUUUGGCUGGAAAAGGGCUGGAAAGAAUUUGUGCAACAUUACUCCCUGGACCAUGGACAUUUAGUUUGCUUUAAAUAUGAAGGAACAUCUCAGAUUCAUGUAAUCAUAUUAGACCAAAGUGCAGUAGAAAUAGACUAUUUCUGUGGCACAGAUGAUGAAAAUGACAACCUUGUUCAAACUGAAGACACUGCUGAUGAAAACGACAACCUUGUUCAAACUGAGGACAAACCCAACAUGAUUUUGGACGAAGAAACACAACAGAAAGCUGAACAAAUAGGGGGUGAGAACUAUGCUCAAAGAACUUCAUCUUUGAACUGGCCAACUCAAACCAGAGCACGACAAAUAGCUUCCAAUUUCGUCUCAUGCAAUCCCUUCUUCACCAUCUUCAUAAAACCUUGUCAUGAGAGACAAUAUCGUCUGUGCGUUCCAGAUUUGAAAGACAUUAUUGGGAGCAAGAAGUGUGCGGUGCUACAACUUGGGGAAAGAUCUUGGAAAGUAAAGUUGUUACACAGUACCAAACGUUUUCGACAAUACAGGUUCGGUGCUGGCUAUUACAUAUUUUCGAGUGAGAGUGAAUUGCAAUCUGGAGAUGUUUGUGUAUUUGAACUGAUUAGCACAAAGGAUUGUGUUUUUAAAGUUCAUGUUUUCAAACGCGAUCACUGA